CCCCGAACAAAUACCAAAGGCGCAGGAUUUGACCUCUUUGCGUUCUUCACGUCCACUCAACACCACCAGUAUCAACAAUGGCUCCUAUCACAAAGAAGGCGGGCAAGGCCCAGAAGCAGACCAAGAAGUUCAUCAUCAACGCUUCGCAGCCUGCUAGCGACAAGAUCUUCGACGUCUCUGCCUUUGAGAAGUUCCUCCAGGACCACAUCAAGGUUGACGGCCGCACCAACAACCUGGGCGAUAACGUCGUCAUCCAGCAGUCUGGUGAUGGCAAGAUCGAGGUCAUUGCCCACAACGAGCUCUCUGGCCGCUACCUCAAGUACCUGACCAAGAAGUUCCUCAAGAAGCAGCAGCUCCGUGACUGGCUCCGUGUCGUCUCCACCUCCCGUGGUGUCUACGAGCUCAAGUUCUUCAACGUCGUCAACGAUGACGCCGAUGAGGAUGAGGAGUAAAGCGGCUUGACAAAGCUUUGAACAAAAAAAGGAGCCAUAUGGGAAAUGAAGAAUGGUUGUGGGAAUGAAAUAGCAACUUGCAGCAACCUGGACAUCAUCUUUCUGAUGGAGGAUAUAUAACCACGUGCGGCUUUUGAAAGGCCGUCGUCAGCGUGCUGGGGAUCUCUGAAAAGGAGAAACCCCUUGGUUUGGGUUGCUCGAGUCUAGUCAAUGAAGAAAAGAAGCAGCCAUUUUGAGUGGACCUACUUACAUUAAC